AUGCAGCAGGCCUUUUACUUUGUUCUCGCCCAUGCGGUGCUUUGCUUUAGGCUGGGCACGGCGGCCCCAACAGAGCAAGUUUGCAGAUGCAGCCCAGAUCAGAGCUGCUGGCCGGCGCCCGAGGUGUGGUCCAAGUUCAACGAGACGGUGGGCGGCAAGCUCAUCCAAAACACGCCGCUGGCGCUGCCUUGCUACCUGGGCAAAGCCCAAGACGAAAAGACGUGCGGCGCGGUGACGCAGGGCUUCAACAGCGCAGCCUUCCUGGCGGACCAGCCCCUCGGCUACGACUACCCGCUCAACACGUCGUGCCCGCCGCUGCCCUUUGGCGCCGUCCAGGACAGCAGCUGCGCGCUGGGCAACUCGCCCGUGUACACGGUCAACGCCACCAAGGCCGAGGACGUGCAGGCGGCCAUCGAGUUUGUCAAGAAGAACAACCUCAGGGCCGUCAUCAAGUCCACGGGCUACGACCUCCUGCAGCGGUCCACCGGCGCCGGGAGCGUGCUGAUCUGGCUUCGCCAUCUCCGGAAUGGCGUCGAGUUUUACGAUGCCAACCCGGAGCUGGCCUCGUGUGCCGAGAUGGCGUGGAACGGCAGCACCCUGAGGAUCUCGGGGUCGUAUCCUUGGGCUGAUUUGUACCCCAUGGCCAAGGAGAAGGGCGUCAUUGUAGUCGGGGGCAACGACCCGGCGGCCUCAAGCACCGGCGGCUUCACACAGGGCGGCGGCCACAGCCCCCUAACCCGCCGCCUCGGCCUCGGCAGCGACCAAGUCCUUUCGGCGCGCGUCGUGCUGGCGUCGGGGCAGGUGGUGACGGCAAGCCCGUGCCAAAACAGCGAUCUGCUGUACGCGGUCCGCGGCGGAGGCCCGGGGACGUACGGCGUGGUGACGGAGAUGCUGGUCAAGACUUUCCCGGACGACAAGCCCGUCAGCGUGGCGCAGGUGACGCUCGGCUCGAACGGAGACAACAAGACGGCCAAGUUCGUCGACGCCAUGACCGAGGUCUACAGCAGCUUGCCCGAGAUGUCGAAGCGGGGCUUUUCCGGCUACGGCUCGUGGGCUGCCUACCUCGCCGUGGGCAUCGGGCCAAAGGCGGCCACGAACGUCUACCGGCAGACCUUCAACUACUUUGGAAGCGUCGAGGAGGCGCAGCAGCAGUUUGCGCCGCUGAACGAGACGCUGGCCAAGCUCAAAAACCCAGACGAGAACCCCCGAGUGUCGCUGUCGUGGACGACCUUCCCCAACUACACGACCUUCUUCGCGGCCAACAAGGAAAGCGUCGAGCUGGUGGGCAGCGUGUCGGCCAUGGGCUCGCGGCUCGUCAGCAGCAAGGCGCUGGACACGGACAAGGAAGGGCUGCGCAGGGUGCUCGGGGUGAUGGCGGGCAAGCCGGGCCAGUCCGUGUCGCACUGGCUGGUGCACCACGGGCUCGAGCACGCCGACGCGGCCGUCCGCAACACCUCGGGCUCCGCGCAGCCGGGCUGGUACCGGUCCGUGCUGCUCGACGUGUACGUGCGCGACAUGGUGGGGUUCAACGUGGCCGACAACCUCGAGCCCUGGAGCAGCGUGCGCGGCGACAUGACCACGGCGAUGCGGGAGCGCUCGCCCGGCACGGGCACGUACAUGAACGAGGCGGACUGGGGGAACGAGUUCUGGAAGGAGGACUUUUACGGCGAGAACUGGGAGAGGCUGAGGAGGAUCAAGAAGGACGUGGAUCCGGAAGGGGUCUUUUAUUGUCCGACCUGUGUUGGCAGCGAGGACUGGGUGGUGGACAAUGGGAGGCUUUGUCGAGUCCAGACUGUUUGA